UCCCUUUUCACGUCCGGUCUCCUUCUCAGGGUUGGACUCGAGCACGUUACCCAGGAGAUCAAGCCUUGCUCAAGAUUUUUCCUCCAGGCAUUUAGCCUUUUUAUAAAACGGCCAAGUAUCGCGUUUAUAUGUUUUGAGUGUUUCUCCAUAGAUGAAUGCACAGGAGCCGAAUAAACAUGCUUGAAAAAGCCUGAAGGUUUCGUUGACCUUUAAGUUUGUUCGGAGGCUGGUUAAAUCGCUAUAUUUCCAUUGGAACGUGCCUGGCAAGUUGCUGUGCUUGUAACACGGUAGCUACUGCCUACGUUCGAAAGGAUGGAGAAAUUUCACACAGUUUCUUGGCUGUUCUUUCUCGGCAAUUUGUUCAUAUUGGCUGUUAUUUCUGGACACACUGCAUACGCUCAAGACAUUUCUCAGGCGAAUGGAGCCGUUAUAAGAGGCGAUCCUGGUCCAAAAGGAGAUCAGGGCAGUCGAGGGCCCAAGGGUGAUAAAGGACCGAAAGGCGAAAGUGGAGGUUUUGGUCCUAUUGGUGAUUCUGGAUUGAAAGGAAAAAAGGGAGAGCCCGGAGAACGUGGACUGCCUGGUCCACCUGGAAACAUCCUUGAGAAAGGACCGUCUAGUCUUCUCCUCCGAAAAGGCGUCUUAGGCCAAAUUGUCUAUCGUGAGGGCCCUCAGGGACCACCAGGAAGUCGUGGCUCACCAGGCCCAAAAGGAGAGAGGGGAGAUAAUGGCCCAAGAGGAGACAGAGGAGAAAAAGGAGAAAAGGGAAGAACGGGCAAUUAUGGACCAAUUGGCCUUCCAGGUAACCCAGGAAAGAACGCGAACAAGGGAGCCAAAGGAGAGCAAGGAGAAAAAGGUGCCCAGGGACAAAUGGGAAUUCCUGGCAUGAACGGACCUAUGGGACCACAAGGCCCAUUUGGCUGGAAAGGAGGUUCUGGUAUUACUGGCAUGCCUGGAGUGCCGGGAGACCCAGGUAAACCAGGUGAAAAGGGAAAACAAGGAGACAAGGGCAAGGCUGGUGACUAUGGCAAACAGGGUGAGCAAGGUGUUCCAGGUCAAGAUGGGCCUUUGGGGCGCAAGGGAGCACAGGGUAUGAAGGGUAUUCGCGGUGCACCCGGAGAAAUGGGCCUUCAGGGUCUCAAAGGACUUCCUGGUAUCCCUGGUGAAAAAGGAGAGUCUGGAAGGUCAGGAGUAAAGGGGCUCGCAGGGCCACUUGGUCGACCUGGACCGCCUGGAUACGCUGGUGACUAUGGCCCACCAGGCCAAAAGGGUGUACCUGGUUUGCCAGGCCGGUCAGGGAAGCAAGGUCCAGUUGGGCCUAAAGGAGAGCGGGGUGCUGUAGGGUCUCCUGGCAUCUCCGGCAUUCCUGGACCAGAUGGCGAGACCGGUCCUGCUGGUAAAGAUGGAGAAAUUGGUCUUACAGGAGACCCAGGAGCGAUUGGCAGGCCUGGGAGCUAUGGAGGAACAGGACAAAAGGGAGACCCGGGUGAAUCUGGUCCUCCUGGACAAGAUGGGGAAGCUGGCUUGCCAGGAAAAGACGGAGAGACUGGGACUCCAGGAAAGUCUGGUGUACGUGGAAAACAAGGUCCUAAGGGUUCUCACGGAAAUCCAGGGAGAAACGGAUAUCCCGGGAAACAAGGUCAGAAAGGUGAUGCUGGGGAACGAGGCGGUUUUGGGAAACCUGGGCUAACAGGAGAGAAGGGCAGCACAGGAGAGCCUGGAGAUCGUGGAGAGAAAGGACUAACAGGCUCACCAGGCAUGAAAGGCUCUGAUGGUCGUGACGGUCGACCUGGAAUAAUGGGUUCUCCCGGCCAGCCAGGAAAAGUAGGAGCUCAAGGACCAAGGGGACCAUCAGGACCUCCUGGGCCUAUGGGAAGUAGCGGUCCUCCAGGCGAUCAGGGAACGCCUGGCAAAAAUGGCGAAAAUGGCAAGAAAGGCCAGAAAGGCACUACGGGUCCUACUGGUCAAAUUGGGGAAACUGGAAAACCAGGAGAGCAAGGCGAAGAUGGACCUGCAGGACUCCAAGGGCUUCAAGGGGAAAGAGGAGAAGCUGGACAAGAGGGCCCAGUCGGAAAGCAAGGACCUGCAGGGGACCCUGGCAAAAAUGGAAAACCGGGUUCUAGAGGAAGGAACGGCAGGACUGGACCUCCAGGGAAAAAUGGACCGCGUGGCCCGCCAGGAAAAAUGGGUUUUCAAGGACGACACGGAAGGACUGGUGAACCUGGAGAAAGAGGUGAAGAUGGUGCGCCAGGAUCACCCGGUGAUCGGGGAGAGGUCGGAGAAAAGGGACACAAAGGGCUUCCUGGAAAGAUGGGUCCGAUGGGAUUACCUGGCAAGCAAGGAUACAAAGGAGCAAAAGGUGAAAAGGGAACUAAAGGAGAAAUUGGUCUCUCUGGUAAACAUGGCAGUGAAGGAAGAAAGGGUGUUCAAGGCGAUCCAGGACCAAGAGGUUUGCCUGGAAAUCAAGGCCCACCCGGCUCUGAAGGUAAAAAAGGACUUGAUGGUAUACCCGGAGGCGUUGGUGAAAGAGGCGAGAAUGGUGAGCCUGGCCUAGUUGGAGAGAGGGGAGCAGCUGGUUUCCCGGGAAACACUGGAUCCCCUGGCUUACCAGGACCAAAGGGGGAGCAUGGAGAUCCGGGUAAAAAAGGCAGCAAAGGCAUCGUGGGUCAGACAGGCUUGCGUGGUUUGCCAGGUUCACCUGGACGUCGUGGCAAGCCCGGAGAACCUGGCGAGCAGGGACACCCUGGGCUAAAAGGACGACGAGGACCAACUGGCAGUCGAGGAGAGCCUGGAAAAGUUGGGGAGCCCGGUCGGCAAGGUGAAAUGGGUCUGCCUGGCAUGCCUGGUGAACAUGGCGACUAUGGAGAAAGAGGGCAAGCAGGAAAACCCGGUGAUCCUGGAAUCGAUGGAAAAAAUGGCGUUCCUGGAAAAAAUGGCGCAGACGGCAAAAAGGGUGAGGAUGGUCCAAAAGGUUUUGUUGGGCUACAAGGCUUCAGAGGAAAGCCGGGCAGAAUGGGAAAACUUGGAAGAAAAGGACCUCAUGGUAACCCAGGACUAAAGGGUUAUCCUGGAAGACACGGGGAGCCAGGAAGAAACGGCUCCAUAGGGGAUCCAGGAAUAGCUGGUGCUAGGGGAUUCCCCGGGGCAAGUGGCGAUCCUGGACCAUCGGGUAUGCCAGGACUACCGGGGAGGAAUGGUACGGACGGAAAAGAUGGACCAAAAGGAAUAAGGGGUAACAGAGGACCGAUGGGAAGUUAUGGUAUUCCUGGAAUGGAAGGAGCAAGAGGUACAGAUGGACCAAAAGGGCAAAAAGGACGUCAAGGAGGAACAGGUUGGCCAGGAGAAUUCGGAAUGCCUGGAUUGCGAGGGCUGCCUGGAUCUCCAGGCAAGCCAGGUCCUAAAGGCGAAAUGGGCUACAAUGGGACCCAAGGAAUGAAGGGAGAGAAAGGUGCCCGAGGUGCUGACGGAGUACCUGGCAGUGCAGGAGAUUUUGGUGAUCAAGGAAAUAAAGGUCGAAUGGGAGCUGAAGGAGACCCGGGAAGGCCGGGAUCGAGAGGCAGACGUGGUGAACCUGGCCCGACAGGAAGAAAAGGCCGACCGGGUCCUGAAGGAAGAACUGGGCGUGAUGGCAGUUCGGGGAAAAGAGGACCAUCGGGAACUCCUGGAAAAAUAGGAACUCCAGGACCGCCAGGACCACCAGGCCCUCCUGGCAUACCAAGUGGAUAUUAUGGAAUGUUUGGAUAUGGAAUGUGGCAAAAUGGAGGACAAAAGAAGGCUGGUGGUUAUCAACCAUAUCCAUAUUAUGGAGGAUAUCAACCAGUGCAAUGGCGACCCGUUCAGCGAGACGUCAAGAAAUCUCAUGGACAGUUUCAAUCGAGACACCAGUUUUACCGCAGUAGUUUGAAUUUAACAGAUGAUGCAGAGAUCGACGAUCUUAUAAAACGGGAUGAUGAAACAGAGAAGAGCUUUCACGAGGUUUACAGUCGAUUCAUUGAUCUUCACAGAAAACCAGGGAGUGUCAGAAAGCCAGCCAGAACGUGCAAAGACCUUUUUAUGAAUGAGCUUGAGUUGCCUUCAGGUGACUAUUGGAUCGAUCCAAAUGAGGGCUCCCCAAGAGAUGCUGUCUUGGUAUUCUGCAAUAAAACAUCAAUGGAGACAUGCAUUUAUGCAAAAAAUCCACAGAUUGAGCAAGACCAGUGGUUAACUGGUAAGGAUCAGUACGUAUGGCUGAUGAAAGAUUUAUACUUUUCUCCUGAGGGCUUCCAAUACGCAGCAGACGUGUACCAAAUGAAAAUGAUGAGAUUGUUAAGUAACCGAGCAAGGCAAAAUGUCACAUAUCUGUGCAAGAACUCUAUCGCAUGGUCGAACGAGGAGAACAUUAUUCAUGACCGAACAAUCAAGGUUCUCACAGACGAUGAAGUUGAGUUACAUGGCAAUGCAAGGGAUACUGGGAUUUUCCUCGACGUCAAAAAGGACGAAUGCAAGGAUAAAAACGGCAAGUCGGGAGAAAGUGUAUUUGAUAUCAAUACAGACAAAACUGAGCACCUGCCUAUUCUGGAUUUUGCCGCUUUCGGUGAUGGUGAAGGCAGCGAAGAAUUUGGACUAUUGCUUGGCCCUGUUUGCUUCUCAUAACAAUGACAAAAUAUCUUGUUAUUGAUUGUUGGGAAUUUGGAUGGCUUCGAAAAUACUACUUUAUUCAUUGGGAGGCUAUUCUAAGCACCAUUGCAUUGUCAAAAUAGUUUUCAUUAAGCGGAAAAACAUUUGAAUUUUUGGGUUUUAAGGGUAAUAGUAAUUUUAGUAUGUUGCAACCAUAGGCCUUCUCAGUAAGAUUAUUGGAACAUUUUGAUAUUUUGAUAUAAA